GCAAAUCAGCACAACUUGAUGUGUGCAUGUGGCCUGCAGGAGGGCACCGUGAAAGAGAGUCAUCGCUUUAGGUCUCUUGAGUUGUGCCAUGUGUGCUGGAGCCAAAGCAGACACCACACAACUUUAAGAAACAGAAACUCAAGAUGGGGUCUACCUCUUCUCCCGUGCUCAAUGGCCAUCACAUCGCAGACAAUGACUCCACUUGCGACACCCUGUACACCCAUAGGAACUACGCCCGGGUCUUCAUGCCACUUGUCUACUGCGUGGUCUUCCUGGUUGGACUUCUGGGCAAUGCCUUAGCGCUGCAUGUUAUUCGUCCCAACUUGAAAAAGAUGAACUCCACCACCUUGUACUCUCUUAAUCUCGUGAUUUCAGACAUCCUUUUCACUCUUUCGCUCCCCGUGAGAAUUACCUACUAUGCACUAGGCUUUCAUUGGCCUCUGGGCGAGGCUGUGUGCAAAAUCUCCGGCCUCAUCUUCUAUAUCAACACCUACGCCGGCGUCAACUUCAUGACCUGCCUGAGCGUCGACCGCUUUAUCGCCGUGGUCCUGCCGCUGCGCUUUUCCCGGCUACGAAACGUCAGGAACGUGCGUUAUAUCUGCGUGGUGGUGUGGCUCCUGGUCCUGGGGCAGACACUCCCGCUCCUCGGCAUGCCGAUGACCAACGAGGAAAUGGACGGUUUCAUCACUUGCAUGGAAUACCCCAAUUUCGAGAAGGUGGACCACCUCGCCACCAUUCUAAUUGGUGGCGUCUUCCUAGGUUAUGUCAUCCCAGUGAUCACCAUCCUCGUGUGCUACUCCAUCCUUUGCUCGAAGCUCCACUCCACUGCAAAAACCAACCACCUGACUGAAAAGUCGGGGCGAAGUCGGAAGGCUAUCGGAGUCAUCUGUUGCGUCUCCUUAGUCUUUGUCAUCUGCUAUACUCCCUACCACAUUAACAUCCUGCAGUACAUGGUCCGUAAGCUGGUCUCCAACCCGGACUGCGCCGACCUCACCGCCUUCCAAGUGUCGCUGCACAUCACGGUGUGCCUGAUGAACCUCAACGCCUGCUUGGACCCCUUCGUCUACUUUUUCGCCUGCAAAGGCUAUAAGAGGAAGCUCCUGAAAUUGCUGAAGCUUGAGGUCAGCGUGUCCGUCUCUAGCAUUGCCAGAACUACACCUGAAGGCUCUUCCAAGGACGUUGUUGACGGUAACAGAAUCCAGCUGAACGGCUCGGCCAGCGAGAGACUGAUGGAGAGGAGAUCGCAGUUGUACGUGUGAACAAGACCAAAGAAGUAUGACUUUUUCGGUGAUAGUAGUCAUCUGACAUCCACUAGGAGUACUUCACAGGGACAUCUUGUUCCAUCGCAUGGGGUAGAUCUGCAACUUGGGUGUCCAAACUUUUUUUCUGAUGGCCAGUUUCAGAAAAAUUAAAGGAUGCAAAGACAAACUUGAAAGCCUUCCACUUUCCUUUGUUAAACGGAAUUAGGUAAAGAAGAUUGGAUUUUUAAAAUCGGCUGCCUUUGAUGGCGAUAGACGUCCAAUCCAAUUUGACUGGGGGGCUGGCAGCGAUCGAGCGGUCGCUUCUUGUUCAUUUGGGGGUCACUUCCUGUAUUAUCGGGUCAUUUCGGGUUCAUAUCCUGUUAAUAUUGGCUCACUUUUGUUGAUUUUGGAGGGUAAGUUCCUCUUGAUAGUGAAUCAUUUGAGUUGGAAAUCAAUUGGAGUGAAUGGAAGUUUUCGUGCCAUUGAGAUGAAUGGGGAAUAGUGCUAUUGGAACUCAAUGGAAAAUUUUGCCCAUUAGAAAUGAAUGGGUAUGUUUUUGGCAAAUUUUGAUGUACGUUUCGGGCAAAAAAAAAACUGUAUACAGCUCUUGUGCCCCAUUCACUCCAAUUAUUUUCCAAUGCAAAAAUCUACAUUGACAAAACCAAAAACAUAUCUAUAUAUGUGGUUGUGAUUUUUGACCAAAAACUUUCCAUUAAAGCCCAUUGAAUUUCACCUGGCCAUGCCAUUGACUCCCACGUACGCCAAUUGCACACUGCAAAAACGCACCUUCAAGCUAAAUUCCCUUGUUUUCAGUGUAAAUCUACUAGAAAUACGUUAAGUUACUUCGUAAAUUUUACUCACUUCGAUUUCUUGAAGUAAGAAAAAUAGCUACCUGAAAAUAUGGAUUACAUACAUAUUUUAAGCAAUACAUUCUUAUAUUUAAUCCUAAAAAAAAGCUUUGAAAUGUGAGAAAUGUUCUUAAAUUAAGAAAAGUUAUUGUCAUUUCGGGUUCACUUUCUGUUAAUAUCGGGUCACUUUUGUUGAUUUUGGGGCAUUUACGGUUAACUUCCUGUUGAUAGUGAAUCACUUGGGCUGCAAGUCAAUUGGAGUCAAUGGAAGUUUUUGUGCCAUUGAAACAAAUGGCGACUAGGGCCAUUGGAAAUUAAUGGAAAAUUUUUCCUGUUAGAAAUGAAUGGGUAUGUUUUUGGCAAAUUUUGACUCACACGGUUUGGGCAAAAAAAAUAAAUGUAUACAACUCUUGUACCCCAUUCACUCCAAUUAUUUUUUAACGCAAAAAUCUACAUUGACAGAACCAAAAACAUCUAUAUUGGUGGUUGUAAUUUUUGACCAAAAACUUUCCAUUAAAGCCCAUUGAAUUUCGACUGGCCAUGCCAUUGACUUCCAUGUACAGCCAUUGCUCACUGCAAAAACACACCUCCUUCAAACUAAAAUCUAGGGUUGUUCCGAUCAUCCGAUGAUGUUUUUUUGCUCCCGAUCCGUUCCCGAUCGUUUUGAGUAUCUGCCGAUCCCGAUAUUUCCCGAUCUGAUUGCUUUUUUUUUUUUUUUGCUCCCGAUUCAAUUCCAAUCAUUUCCGAUAAUUUUUCCCAAUCAUAUACAUUUUGGCGAUGGAUUAAGAAAAAAAUGAAUAAAACUCGGACGAAUAUAUACAUUCAACAUACAGUACAUACGUACUGUAUUUGUUUAUUAUGACAAUAAAUCCUCAAGAUGGCAUUUACAUUAUUAACAUUCUUUCUGUGAGAGGGAUCCACGGAUAGAAAGACUUGUAAUUCUUAAAGGAUAAAUGUGACUUUGUAUAUUGUGACUAAAUAUUGCCAUCUAGUGUAUUUGUUGAGCUUUCAGUAAAUGAUACUGUAACCAUUUAACUGUUCUGCCCAAACGCAUGAUGGGAAGUACAACCAUGACUGUGCGUAGCGGCACCAAUUGAUAUAUCUUCUCUGCGUUGGGAAAUAACAUAGGGUGUUAAGAAAAAGAUCAACUACUACCUUUCUUCCCCACAUUGUUUCCCACGAUAUUUCUAAUUGUUGAGAGAGGGAUUGUAAGGCUUUAGUCAAUUAAAAAAAGGCUCAUAAGGCUGCCAAAAUUCACUUUACUCAUGUUAUGCUGCCUUUUAGCUCUACAUAUAGGUAAAACGGCGCCAUUAUAGAUUGAAUGUGCCAGAACUAAUGUCUGUAACAUUAAAUACAAUUAGAAAACGAUUUAAUUAAUAUAUAUAUAUAUAUAUAUAUAUGUAUUAAAAAAGGCAUGUCCGAUAUUUUUUUGCCAAUUCCGAUACUUUGAAAAUGAAGUGAUCGGACCCGAUCGACAUCUUUACUAAAUUCCCUUUUUGCACUCGUUCCUGUUUAAGUUUUGAUACACAGUCUUUUGUUCAUACCUCGAGUUCUUUUUGCUUUGCUGUUUUUAAACUCCUGGACCACCUUGCCUCACCACCCCGCUUCCCUGCAUUUGGAUCCACCUCGUCCAAGCAGCUUAGAUACACAGACAAGGGGUAACGAGACAAUGAGGCACAGGUGGGUGAUACAAGAGUCAGCGGAUUGGUGGAUACACAAGGAGCAGACCACAACAGGUGAAAUCAAUGGGUAAUCACGACCACACACACUAGUGUGCAAACUUAACGGAGCUGAACUCAAGACAUGACAGUGUACUUAUAUGGCCUAGCAACAAUAUCCUAUAGCUCUUCUGGUAGUUGGCACUGUUUUGGGUACAGAUUGGAACGUAAUCUCUAAUCCUGCAAGGAAUAGCAAGAGUUGUUCUGAUGUUGAAAGUGUCCCAAAAGUGUCCACCAUAUUACAAAAACACAAGUGAGUCACAUGAUCUUAAGUUGUAUUGACAGACAUGUUACAUCAUUCUGUUGCAUCAUGUAAUACAGAUGCUGUGAAAAACAUACGUUCAAUGUGUUGUGUCAGUUUCACUCACAGGAAGUGGAUAUUUGAAGUCGUUCCAAAGAAAUAAACAUACAUACAAGUGCUGGGAAGUCACAGCUGCGCCCUCCAGGGGACUAUUUGAAAGUAGUGCACCUCGGUCAAGGUCACAUAAGCCAUGAUGAGUUCUGUGUUUUUCCUGUUGUUCCGAACAGGAUCCAU